GAAGAGAGUAAGAGAAUAUUAUCAAUUUUGAUCGGUAUGCCGUGGAGUCAUAAAAAUGCGAUGUUCGCGAGGGUCGGUUCUGCCCUAUUUUACGGGUUAUCUUCAUUUAUGAUCACAGUUGUAAAUAAGACAGUGCUGACGUCGUUCGAAUUUCCAUCGUUUCAAAUGCUCGGCAUAGGACAAAUGUUGGCUACCAUCAUGUUACUUUUCGCAGCAAAGAAGUUGCGCUACGUUGAAUUUCCUAACCUAGAAGUAACAACGUGUGUCAAGAUAUGGCCAUUACCGAUCAUUUACAUCGGUAACAUGAUCUUUGGAUUAGGUGGUACGAAACAGCUGAGCCUUCCGAUGUUCACCGCCCUUAGACGAUUUAGCAUUCUUAUGACGAUGAUCGCUGAAUACUAUAUUCUCGGAGUAAGGGCACGUGUUUCCGUUCAGUUGAGCGUAUACACGAUGAUGGUCGGGGCAGUGGUGGCUGCGUUAAAUGAUCUUGCUUUUAAUUUGGAGGGCUAUCUCUUUAUCCUAUUGAACGAUUUUUUCACGGCCGCCAACGGUGUCUACAUGAAGAAGAAAUUGGACUCGAAGGAACUAGGAAAAUACGGACUGAUGUACUAUAAUUCAUUGUUUAUGAUUGUCCCAGCGAUUAGCAUUGCCUACUGGAUGGGAGACAUGCAUUCUAUUAUAGAAUUUCCACAUUGGAACAAUGUGUUCUUUCUUGUACAGUUUGGCCUUUCAUGUGUGAUGGGUUUUGUAUUGUCCUACAGUAUGAUACUUUGUACACUUUAUAACUCUGCGUUGACCACCACGAUAAUUGGAUGUUUGAAAAAUAUAUGCGUUACUUAUCUCGGAAUGAUGAUCGGUGGUGAUUACAUAUUUACGUGGUUAAAUUUCGUAGGAUUGAAUUUAAGCGUCGUCGGUAGCUUGGUUUACACUUGGGUAACUUUUCGAAGGAAGGAAUCGACCGAACCAAAGUAUUCUCCGCUUUCCGAUGACCAAACGACGAAUAAAGUGCAAGCUGUAUGAUCGAUGUACAGAGCAACGAAGUCGUGCCAUGUGUCGCCGCAGCUCUUUCUGUUCUUCUCUUCCUCUCUCUCUCCGUUGCUCUCGCUUCUCCGGAUCCAUCACAUUGUUUCUCUGUAUUAGUGUUUUGUAUCUGUGUUAGUGUUCGACACGUGUCACGUGUCCUCCUUGUUGUGGAAUGAUAAAGCUUUUGGGAGCCGGAAAAAGAGGGAACGAAAUGGGAAUAGGGAAAGAGCAGCAAGCGUGACAAACUAUAGUAAUAGUCAUAAAUAAGAUAUAAGAUUCCAUACCAAAGCGAUAAGACCGUUACCGGAUAGAAGAAAUGAAUAAUAAGAUGUUGCGCGCCAUAGCGUAUCACCUUUACCUUGUGAAAUACAACUUGUACAUACGUACUUCGAAAUCUCGAAGGUGCAAUAUGCUAUCACUAAUAAUGCACGUGUACAAAAGUACUUUAUAGUGAAUAAAUUUAAUUUCUGGAGAAAAGAAA